UGUCAGGUAGAGACUUAUAACUUUCUCGACUUACUUUUCGUACCCCAGAUUUUAUGACUAACAUAACAUCUGAGCGAGUAAAUUUUCUUUUUGAAAGUUAAAGAUUUAUUUUUCACAGAUUUACGCACCUCAAAUUAUUAAAGUAAUCUCUGACUUUAUACAUAUUACUUUUUUUGUACUUCUUACUUAUUUUUUAAGGUGUGAUCCGAUCAUGUUUCGUUGGUUAAUUCCAUUUCGACGUAAUUCGCGAGAUGCACUCAGAGAAUUAGAUUCACUACAGAAAUUAAGGAAGUACCCAAUACUUCUUGGUUGUUUAUCUUCCGGAAUUUUAUAUCAUAAUUACGUAUCUCAAAGUCGACCUAGUAGUAUCACCUUAAUUGAAAAUAAGCAUAUACAAAAGGCAACUGUACAUCCCAUUUUUGAAGACCUUAUCCUCUUAUUCAGUGAUGAUAAAAACUACGCGUCUAAUAAACCUUCUAAUGAAGCAAAAAUGGAUCGAUUAGUGAAGUUAAAUCAAGAAAUAGAGGAUGAAUUGCCCCUUUUCUUUGAAAAAGGCUUUUUCGAUGAAGUCCCAAAAAAUUUACUUGAUCCUGACACUGUUGUGUAUUAUCAGAGAAAAAAUGGUUCAGUCCAUCAACUAAAAGGAAGAUCAUGGAUUCGUACUCUAGUGGUAGCUAGUCGAGCCUAUUUUUCUGCACGUUCCUAUGAUCGUCGACUUGAACUAACCAGUAUCCUGUCUGAUACAGAGAAAUGGGAAGUUGAAGUUUGUUUUCGUAUAGUCCUUUUACCUGCUCCGUCUAAAGAAGAAUCUAGUCUACCGCCAGAGAAAUUAAUUGAAAGAUUAGAACAACGGGCUCAAUGGCAUAAUUUUAGAGCUACCUUUCAUUUGUCAGAUUCUGGUAAAAUCAAUGCUAUUAGACUUACUCAGAUAUUACCUCCAUUCAAAGAUUCCACUGCAUUAUAUCCUUUGAAUCGGUUGGCAUUUUGGAAGGCUUUAGGUCCAAGCCUACCUGGUCGUCGACGUUUACCCACUCCUACUCCAUAUGUUUUCGGAGAAUAUUCCUGGCAACGUAUACCUUACACUCCUGGCGAUGAUCAUAGAAACAGUAUUCUGUUAUGGACAUUUGAAAGUAUUAAAAGUUGUCCCAGUGAAUUUGUACUUCCUCUUGAUAAAAUUGCUGAACCAUUUGAUGUAAGAAUCGACGUACUUCCCAGUAGUAAAGAUAAUAAUUCUCAGACUGCAGUCAAAGCUAAACAAAGUAUGUGCGGUUGCCAGUCAGGCAACCAUCAGAUGGUAUGUAACCAGAUUACAUGUUCUUCAAUAUCGCCCGAAAAUAUCCUGUGUGAAUCGCAUUCUUUAAACUCUAUUUUACUGGAAUUAUACAUGAAGCAUUUACCUACGCUUGAAAAAAUUAAUCAUCAGUCUUCAACGAAAAGCAUGCAGAGUCAUUUUUUGAACUAUUCAGCAUCAUAUAUUUCACAGUUACGUCGAAUUUCUUACUCAUCAGAUAUAUCUUUUAAACCUUUUUGCCUUACUUCUACUGAGCAAUUUAAUUUACCCCAUUGUUUCGCUUCAUUUCCUUCAACUGAUGAUAUAUCUCCUGUAUUCUGUUUACCGAAAUUAUAUAUUUAGAUUGAUUUCAACUUCUUUUUGUACAUGUUUCUGUAAGUAGUAGUAAAGAAUACUUUUCUAUGUAAAA